UCCAAUUCUCGCCAUUCAGUAGCAUACGGUUUCAAGAUUGUAGUAAGUUCUUCAGAGAAAUUUGAGCUCUUUUUCCUUGAGGAUACAAGUGCUGCUUCCGCACCAAGUCCAUCUUUGUACCUGCAGGAAACAGAGACUGACAAACCGAGAAUACGUUUGCCUUUCGGAAUUCAGAAAAUGGAGAAAUCAACAAUGUUUGUUGUACUAUUGGUGUUGCAACUUUUUGUCCAUCUUCAAUUACAGGUUCACUCGUUGGCCGCUCUUUCUAAACAUGAUUUUAGCUACUCAAAAUCUGUGAUUAAUGCCUUUGAUCUUCCACUAGAAGAAGUGUAUGACUACAUUGUAGUUGGAGGGGGUGCCGCAGGGUGUCCAUUGGCAGCAACUUUAUCAUCAAAGUAUUCGGUGCUCGUUUUAGAAAGAGGUAGUUUUCCUACAUCAUAUCCGAAUGUCUUGACUCAAGAGGGGUUUAUAUAUAAUCUCCAGCAAGAAGAUGAUGGAGAGACACCAGUUCAAAGAGUCAUGUUGGAAGAUGGCAUUCCUAUUGUUAGAGGAAGGAUCCUUGGCGGCACGAGCAUAAUCAGUGCUGGCGUGUACGCAAGAGCUAACAUUUCAUUCCUAAGUGAAUCGGGAGUUGAAUGGGACAUCAAUUUGGUUAAUGCGACAUAUGAGUGGAUUGAAGACACUAUUGUGUACAAGCCAAAUGCAUUCGCUUGGCAAACUGUUACACAAAAAGCAUUUUUGGAGGCUGGCGUUUUACCAGAAAAUGGAUUCAGUUUGGAUCACGUACCUGAAACAAGAAUCACUGGCUCAACUUUUGACAAUAGUGGAACUAGACAUGCGGCUGAUGAACUACUUAACAAAGGAGACCUAGACAACUUGCGAGUUGCAGUUCAUGCCAACGUAGAGAAGAUUCUCUUCUCUUAUAGUGAAUCAAGCUUGUCAGCUACAGGAGUCAUAUAUAAGGAUUCUAAAGGAAUUGCUCCUCGGGCAUAUGUACGCGAUCAAGGUGAAGAUAUAUUGAGUGCAGGGACAAUGGGGACCCCUCAACUUCUACUACUUAGUGGCGUUGGCCCAGAGUCUUACCUAUCAUCUCUUGGAAUCCCAGUUGUACUUGACCAUCCUUACGUUGGGCAGUUUCUAUAUGAUAAUCCUCGAAAUUUCAUUAACAUUUUGCCCCCAAAUGCAAUAGAACCCUCAAUUGUAACAGUUCUAGGCAUUAGAGACGAUUUCUGGCAAUGUUCUAUCUCGUGCGGACCACUUACUGCUCCACCCUAUAGUUUAUUUCCUACUUCGUCUUUUCCACUACAUAGCCAACAUGACUCGAAUGGGUGGCAUCUCCAAGGCCUAUAUGACGUACUCGAUGAAGUGUUUUGCAACCAUUGCCAAGUUCCGCAAUGA